AUGCUCACAACACCAAAUCCAAUUAGAAUGGAUUAUGCUAGUGAUAGCUUUGAUGAACAAAUUAUUAUCAGUCAAGACUCACAUAUAAAUGAAGUAAUGCAAAUGAGCUUUGAUGAGCCCUUUGCACAAUGGCUACAUGAAGAGUUUCCAGAAAAUCUUUCUACAACAACAUUUGAUACUAAUCAUUCAAUGUGCAAUAAUAUUAAUAAUUCUGAUACAAGUAUUAUUGAUAAGAAUAAUGAUAUAUUUCAAGGAGUCAAUACUGUUGAUGUAAACAUCAAUUUUAGUCAAAACAUAAAUAAUCAAUCUUUAGACAAUUUCCAUAAUGAACUAGUCAUACCUGAUGUUGAUUUAUCUCGUGAAUGUAGUAAUGACAUCCCAAUGAUGUCUGAUCAAGACGUUCAAAUAGGCAAUUUAGAUUUUUUGGCACAAAAUAAUAAUAAUUUGUCUCCAUUAUCAUCUUUAUUAUCAUCAUCAUCGAUCAUUUUUAAAACAAUGAAACCUAAUGAUUCAACAUUAAUUUCAGCAAUUGCAAACGAUCCAAGUCAAUCUAGUCAUAGAGCCAUGGCAGCUGAUCCAUCUCCUGAUCCAUCAGUUAAUCAAGCAGAUAAUAUUACUGAUUAUGAUAGUUCUUUUACUAUAUAUAAUGAUCUUGAUCGACCGACUAUUGCAAAAUUAUGUCAAUUUAAUGUUGAAAUACCAUCAGUAUCUUCUCGUCGACAACCUAUUCGAUUAAAUACAAAAUCAUUGGCUAUUACAUCAUGGACUAAUGUUUCCAAAGAUGUUGUAAUGAAGUAUAUUAAAGAAGAAUUUGAUAUUAAAAACAUUCAAUAUAUUGGUAUUGGUGAAGAAAUAAAUGAAUUAAAUCAUCAGAACCAGCUAUGUAUACAAAUUAUCUUUAAAGAAAAAAUUAAUAAAAAAACACGUUUUCUUGAUAAAAUUACACGAACAUGUUGUAAUUAUAAAGUGACACAGAACAUUUUAGCAUGGAAUGAUUAUAUUAAAAAAGACCCAAAUUGCCUUGAAUUUGGUCAAUUUCCGUCAAAAAUACGUGGAUACAAACAGUAUCCAACAUUAGAAGUAACAGAAAAACAAAACACAACAAGAAAAAAAGCAGCAAAAGCAAAAGCAGCCACCAAAAAAGUAGCCAAAACAAAAGCAACAACAAAAAAACCACCAGCAUCCUGCAUUUCAAUUCCAUUAGAUUAA